CCGAGACCACCGCCCAUGGAUCGGCUGCUGCUGCUCUGCGCUGCUCUCGCCCUGUUUCUGCCCAAUAGCGCCUCGGACAGAGCGGUGCGAUGCGGCCGUCCCAAGGAAGUGGCCAAUGCGAUCAUCGACGCGGGCGACACGGAGCUGCUCCACACCAGCCUGCGUUACACCUGCAAGCUGGGCUACAAACGCAAAGCUGGCACCUCCACCCUCAUCCAGUGCGUCCUCCAUCAUGGCAAGCCUGUCUGGACAUCCACUGAGCUGCAGUGCAUUCGGGAUCCGGCUCUACCUCUGCAAACCCCAAGCCCUGAGCUCCCGACAGUGAGGACAAGCCAAAGAGGAACCAACACCACUUCAGCAGCACUGCCUGUGCCAUCACCAGAGACAUCUGUGCCACCAGCAGUGCCUGAACCACCAGAGAUGCCUACACCAGGAGAGGGGACAGCACUGGGGACAACCCCACUGCCCACCAUCCCCAUAGACCAUGCUACACUUUCCACCCAGACUGUGGUCUCUUCCAUCGGGGUCUCAAUUCUGCUUGUUGUUGGUGUUGCAGGAUUCUGCUACUGGAGGAUGAAAAUGCACGCGCAGCAGAGCUACGUGGUGGCGGUGACGGCCAUCCCCAUGGUGGCUCCCAAUACCACAGCAGAGAACGAUGAGAUAUUGCCACCUGGUGACAUCCCCAUGGGCUGAGCACCAGCACAGAGCACGUUGGUGUACCUACCAGCCCGGCUAGCCAGGAGGAUGCUCGAAGCUCGGUGCUUCCCCAAGUGGCAGUGGCAUGAGGCAUGUCCCCACAUCCCCAGCUGGCCUUCGAACGGAGCAUCUUCACUCCAGGGACAUGUAGCUGCUCUUCUCAGCCUGAACAAGUGGAUGGGAUCACUCCAGUGCCAAGAGCCAUUCAGUCAUGAACCAACAACCACAGCAAAGGGCUUCAGCUCUAUCACCAGUUCAGAGGUCAUCCCCUCGUCCACACUCAGGGAUCUUUGGGGGCAAUUUCAGCACUGAUGCCAGCUGCUCGCAGGGGACUGCACAUGGGAGUGAUUUGCUACAAGCACUACCAAAGCCUGAAGACAAGGACAUGGCAAUGAUAUCUGUUGUUAUCCACUAAUUUCCCUCCCCCCUUGCUACAAACUGGAGGUUUUGUACUGAUGUUUUAUACAUAAAGGGUAUAUAUUAUAAUGUAAAAAUA